GGAGAUGUCGGGCCGAGGGAAGCAGGGGGGUAAAGCGCGGGCUAAAGCUAAGUCGCGCUCGUCUCGGGCCGGCUUACAGUUCCCCGUAGGCCGAGUUCACCGCUUGCUGAGGAAGGGGAAUUACGCGGAGCGGGUCGGAGCCGGAGCCCCCGUUUAUUUAGCCGCGGUUAUGGAAUAUUUGACGGCGGAGAUCCUGGAGCUGGCCGGGAACGCGGCCAGGGACAAUAAGAAGACGCGAAUUAUCCCGCGGCACCUGCAGUUGGCGGUUCGCAACGACGAAGAGCUCAACAAGCUGCUGGGCGGCGUCACGAUCGCGCAGGGCGGCGUCUUGCCCAACAUCCAGGCUGUGCUGCUGCCCAAGAAGAGCGAGAGCCACAAGGCCAAGGGCAAGUGAGGCAGCGGAGUCGCUGCCUUGGGGCUGGUUCGGUGCUUUGAGGUGUUUUUAGGUGUGUUUUUUUUUUUUUUUCCUUUGCUUUUUAAACCCAAAGGCUCUUUUCAGAGCCACCCACCGCUUCAGGAAAAGGGCUGGAGGCGCGGGUUGAGCGCUAAUAAAUUAUUAAUUACCCGGG